AUGAAUCUGCUUCUUUCUCUGACUCUCAUCUGGGCACUCUCCAGCACAACUGCAGCUCUUGUGUGUCAGACUUGCACAGAUGAUUCAUGUACAAGCACUGUGCCACUAACAUGUUCCACAGAGACAAUGUGUAUAACUGCCGCCAUUGAAGCUGUUUCAUCUGGAACUCCUGGACAACAAAUCUUCAAGGCGUGUGCAUCGUCCUCCCUUUGUCCAGCCACAGGAUCUCAGAUAUUUUCAGUCAACUUGGGUGUUUCGAGUGCACUUGCAUCUACUACAUGCUGCAACACAGAUAACUGCAACUCAGCCACUCUAUCAUUCCCCACCACUCCAUCAGUCAACAGCCUCCAGUGUUAUUCAUGUGACCCUGCCACAUCACAAUGCACCACUUCAGUACAGUGUACAGGAACACAAGAUCGCUGCUUUCAAUCAAGUGUGACAAAUGGGGCCUCCACUUCUCCUGCCUUUGGUUGUGCAUCUACAAACAUUUGUGCAGCUGCUGGCAGCUUGGGGACAUUACCUUUUAUGCAAAAUGUUGGCAACAUUACCAGUGGACCAACUUGUUGUGAGACAAAUCUAUGUAACACUCUCACAACAACUGCUGCCCCAACUACAACUGCUGCCCCAACUACAACUGCUGCAACGACCGCCAGUUCUGCUUGUUGUAUCAGACUGGGUAUGAUCCAUCUUCUGUUAGGACUUGUUUUAUUUACCCUCUUUUAG